GGGAGCUUCGGGACAAAAUCGACGAUGCCAAAUGAGCGACAACGGGUCAUCGUAGGCGUGCUCGCUCUCCAAGGAGCUUUUGCCGAGCAUCUCCAGCACCUCUCGCUCGUUGCUGCCGCUCACCCGGAGCUAGGCGUCGAGCCUCGGCUGAUCCGGACGACUGAGCAAUUGUCAGCAUGCCACGGACUCAUCCUUCCUGGCGGCGAAAGUACGACGAUGUCGCUCAUCGCAGAUCGCAUGGGCAUGCUUGAGCCUCUCCGUCGGUUUGCCAGGUCAUGCAAAGGGCCCGAUGCGCAAAAAGCGAUAUGGGGUACUUGCGCUGGCAUGAUUCUACUCAGUGAUCACGUCGUUCAGGCAAGUACAAAGGAGGGCGGUCAGCAAGGUCUCACUGGCCUGGCCAUCAGCAUCGUGCGCAACCAAUGGGGCCGACAGACAGAGUCAUUCGAGUACCCGCUCACUAUUGCUGGCAUCACACAACCGGAACUGCCUUUCCCAGGCAUCUUCAUUCGUGCACCUGUCGUACAUACGCUGCUCGCCCCGAAAUCAGACAGUCAGCAUCUUGCGACAGGAAGCGAUUCGGUCCAUGUGCUCUCAGAGAUCGAAUGGUCUCUUUUGCCACAGCCGCGGCGUACCCAGUCGUCGAAAGCCCAUCAACCGGAUGACAACAGCCGCACGGGCGACUCGCGCUUACUACCGCUGGGACCGGAUGCCAACGUCGUCGCGCUCCGUCAGGAGCGUAUUCUCGCGACUGCCUUUCAUCCAGAGCUGACACGAGAUAGCCGCUUGCACGAGUACUUUGUCCGCGAGCUAGUGCUCGAGCAAGGAAAGCUGUAGACCGAAACGUAGAUUGUUGUUGCAACCCAUGUAUCUGUCGUCGACCGCAUCAUGGAUCGCGAUCGUCUCAUGACCAAUCUACACGACCGGAGAUGAUC